AUGUCUUACCAUAAACGAAAUCGAGAAAAAGGUGAAGCGGAUGCACAGUCCGGAAAAAAGUUUCGAGGAGCUCUGUAUCAAAAAGGAGACGAUACUGACAGUGGUACAAAGAAAAGUGGAAGAGGGCUCGAUGUUGAUAUCCACCCGUUGUUACGUUCGUUGGAUUCAACAAUUCCUAACACCUCUACUGACAAGCAGACCUCCAAGGGAAAGAAAUGGUUCGAUCCAACAGCGUAUAAUCCUUACAUGAAUCAUUCGAGUAGUAUAGCGGUUCAUAAACCUAAACCUUUGAAGUUCAACAAACAAGGCAAAUACAUACAACAGGCAGAAAAACUUAGAGAGAAGUUGAGAAUAGAAGAGGAGGAGAGAAUGAGGCACCAAGAAUUGGCAAAUAAAGGUUUAGUUCCUGAUGUUAGCUUGGAUGAGGAGCUGUAUCAACCAAGUUAUCCACCAUUGAUUGAAUGGUGGGAUAGACCAUACUUGCGAGAUAACAACUACUCAUAUAUAAAUGACGAGAGCCGCAGAAUACUAGAUAAUGAUGAUAUGCCCAUUACGUCAUACAUUCAGCAUCCGGUGCUCCUUCAACCCAUUUGGCUCAACACCAACUCAUCUAAUGCUACGCCAAUGUAUUUGACCAAAAAGGAACGGAAACGAAUGAGAAAAAACGACCGUCAAAUUCGACAUAAGGAAAUGCAAGACAGGAUCAAACUAGGAUUGGAACCGCCACCAGAACCCAAAGUCAAGCUUUCCAAUUUAAUGAACGUGUUAACAAAUGAAGUAAUACGAGAUCCAACAGCUAUAGAGAAUCGCGUCAAGCAGCAAGUUGAAGAUAGAUUGCAAAAGCAUCUAGCUGAUAAUGAAGCGCGCAAGUUGUCUAAAGAAGAAAAGCAUGCUAAAAUUUAUGCAAAGCAGGGGCAAGAUUUGGCCAAGGGAAUAUUCACCACUGUCUACAAGGUGAAUAAGCUAGAUAAUCCACAACAUCUAUUUAAAGUGGACAUGAAUGCCAAGCAGAACAACUUGUUUGGAAUUUGUUUGAAAAAUCCAAAUUUCAACUUGAUUAUUGUUGAAGGUGGAGAGAAAUCGAUAAACCAUUAUAAAAAGUUGUUGAUGAAUAGAAUCAAGUGGGAUGAGGAAGCGGCACUGAAUGAGAACACCACUGAUCAAAUGAUGACAAACUCAAACACAACUGUAAACAGCUUAUCCCAUGAUAAGGGAUGUAUCGUGAUCUGGGAAGGAAGGCUCCCCAAGCUAAACUUUCAAAAAUGGAGUUUUAUGUAUUCUCGAAAUGACCAAGAGGCAAUCAAUGUACUAAGAAAAUUUGGAUUGGAAAAUUAUUGGAGACUAGCCAAGAGUGAAGUAAGAGACUAG